CAGAAAUGAAACCAGUGCACAAUGAAACCCGAGGACAAGGAAAUACUUUUCUCCAAACUGAAACAAUGUUGUGCUCUAAAAACUUGUCAAAACAGAAAAGGAAACAGUAUAUAAAACAACAGAGAACUUAUUUCAAGACAAUUACUUCCCAGUGAGAUGUUAUCUUUAAAAGUGCACAUUCCACUUUGCUUAUGUAAGAGAAAAUCUAAUUUAUCACUUUCGUUAGUGGGAUACCUUUGGCUGUUAUCAAUGAUAGCAAUUACCGUAUCGGACUCUUUAUCUGACAGAACAGAUCUUAAAACAUCUGUACCCAAACAGCAGCUGGGAAAUGUUGCACCGAAAAACUCUUUACUCGAUUCUUCUAGCUUUUUCUCAGAUUAUAAAUCAAGCGCAACUAAAAAGGUCGAAACAGCAGAAAAGAAAGAUUCAGUGAUAUUCUCGUCUUCUACACGAACGACUAAACCAUGCUUUAAAAAAGUGACGAGCACAAAUGAAGUUCAAGAAGCUUCUUUAUCAAGUAAAGAAAUUAUUAUUCCGAAGCUGCCUUUAUUGCUUGGAUCUAGGGGAGAGACACUUUCUGCAGAUAUUGAGAUAUAUUCAUCUUUGUACAAUUGGGAUGUCACGGCACAAGUAAUGUCAAAUGACGUCUUAUCUGAUACAUCAAUGAUAACACCAAGAUCACCAUUUGCUUCGAAUUUAGCAACACAAACUUCAUCAACUUUUUACCAAGAGGAACCAAGGGAAGCAACGGACACGUCUGUAACUUUUGUCAAUAUCAACGAUGAAACAAAGCCAGAAAUGUCGCAAAAUAUGAUAACGACUACAUCAGUAAACAAAGACUUUACUCUAAAACAGUUUAAUAUUAACGCAGGCUCGUCACACACGUUAAUUUCAUCUUUUUCUGACGGGUCCAGAGAAAGUAUAUUGAAAUAUUCACAUGAACAAAUAUCACAUACGCAUGAUAUUCCUCCGUCAAUAUCUCAUGAAAAUCGGAAUUCAACAAAGACACACAAUUCUGAUCAGCCAGUUACAUAUCAGCGACAUAUUUCUUCAAAUAUGAGUGGAACAAGGAAAGAAAGUAAAAUCACAGAAACAAUGUUUUUAAUUACAAAUACCACAGAACAGUCAUUCUCAACUUCAUCUGUUUUACCUAUUGAGUCUUUUGAAUCGUCAGUUUCUGCAACAACGCAUCAUUCUGACCCAUCAACUUAUAUAUCUUCUCCAGGAGAUGCACGGACCACAGAUUAUAUGUCUUCUCCAUCAUCAAUGAAUUUACGACCAACCACAUCAGGGACACGUUACAACUCAGGGCAACAGAAAUCAUCUGCACGUUAUGAGACUCCUCUGUUACCAGAAUUGCCUGAAUUACAGAGCUCGUUUAAUGACAACGUAUAUAAAACAACCCAUGCAUUAAAUAUUUCAUCAACAGAAAACUAUGAAACUAAUACCGACAAUCCACAUAUAUCUUAUUUUAACACUGAUCCUUUAAAAUCCAUUCCAAAAGAAACUGUUUUAUUACCUUUUAAUGAUUUACAUGAAACAACAAUAAUUGUUGCAAAGACGAUAUCAUCAGUAACAGAGGUAUUGCCACAAGAAAAAACAUCACCUAUAGCAUUUACAAGUUCAUUUACUGUACAGUCAGAAAACGAAUUAUUUACACCAGACUUCUUGGAACAUUUUCAUUCGGAAAGCGAUCAAGAGUUGUCUAAAUUAUCUUCAGUUAUUCAAGUUUUUCGACAUGAAUUUUCAAGUUCUACUUCUCAGGAAUCUGUCACAUUAAGUCAGCAAGAUACAUCUCAAAUAUCACAAAAAGACGUAUUAUCAGAUGUUUCAUCGGUAUCUUUGAUGUCUGUAGAGUCUCCAUUGAUAGAAAUGCAGCAUAUUUUAUCGUCUAAAAACUUAAAUAUCGACAGUCAGUCUAUAAAAAUCCUAUCGUCAAAUUCUUCAGCGAAUUUCGAAACAGAAGGACACAUUGACAUGCUAUCAACUAGAAAGAGCACUUCGGUUGAUAGAAAAACACUUUCAUGUGAAUCUACAUCUAUAUUUAAGUCAAUAGGUAGAGAAAUGUCGGCACUUUUCAGCAAAACUACCCCUGGAAUUGAGACUGUGUUACCAUCAGACUUCUCGUAUGUUCAAGCGUCUAAAUCAUUAGAAUCCGAGUUAAAGAUGUCAUAUAUAGAAACUAUAUCAUUGCUAAAUAGUAAAACAUCGUUAUUAAAUGGCCAGAUAUCUAUGGACCAAAAGUGGCUUGCAACUCCCUCUAUACUUCCCUUAGCUAACACUUAUCGUAUUUUACCGUCAUUCACGGAAGUUUUAAAUGUGAAUGAGGACCAGCUUAAAACUUUAUAUACCCAAUCUUCCAUAUUUACUGCAUAUGAUAUUCCAGUAUUAUCAACUGAAGGAAAUAUAAAGAGAGUGAGCAGGAUUAAAAGCAUCCAGUCAUUUAGCGCAGUGGAGACAUUAGAACAAAAGGAACUCAAAUCUUACGAAAUAUUGAAAAUUUACAAACCAGGUAUUUCUUUGAGAAGCACCAAAUUACUCUCAAAACAAUUUUUACCUGAUAUUUAUGACAAUACUUUUAUACCAGAUACACCAAAGGUUUCAGGCUCAGAUAAAAUCGAAUCAUUCUCAGGGAUAUUAUUAACAGACACCAUUGUUGAAUUACCGUCAAUUAUCGAACAGCUGCAUUCGGAGCAGCGGCGACUUGAUUCAGUUGCCACCAACAAAAUUAGCAUCACACCUUCAUUUUCUUCAGGUCAUGGAACAGGAAUAUCGGAACAAAAUAAACUUGAAUCAUCUACUGUAUUGUUUAAAACAAUGACCAUUGAAAUGUCACCUCAAUUGACAGAAAAAGGAACAAAGCAACAUAAACAUAAAUCCUCUUCACAGUUAUUUGAGUCAUCAGUCAGUGAAACACCGUCAGCAUCUACCGAGCUGAAGGCAUUAGACCAAUCUGAAUGGUCUUCUGAAUUAUUUCAGUCAUAUGUUUACGAAACAUUGUCAAAUAUCCGUAAAAUAAAGACACCAGAGCUUGGACCAUCUUAUAAAACCAUUCAAUAUUUUACUUAUGAUGUAACUUCAAGAUUUACUGAACGGAAAACACAAGAGCAAGAUCAAUUUGAAUCAUAUUCUAAAUUAGGUCAAUCACCUAUUCAUAAAACAUCGCCACCAAUCAGUAUUUUAAAGACAUCAGGGCAAAACAUAUUUACACCAUCGUCUGAAACAUCUGGCUUCAAUAGUUUUAUUGAAUAUUCUAAGGCAGCAGUGUCAGAUGAUGAUUCGUUCUCGUCUUCGAUUCUCGGAGUUACAAUUUCAGAACCUGGUCCAAUUAAAUUAUCAUCAUACACACUGCAAACAGAAGCUGAUUACCUCUCGCCGUCAUUUAGUGAUUUGAAAACCUCGAGUCAGUCCUAUACAGUAUCUUUAGACACUAUAUGGACAUACACAAAAACGUUAUCACUUAGAGAGAGAUCAUCAGCCAAGUGGUUUCGCACUUCAGAACAAAGAUCGUCGAUGUUAUCAGGAAAGAGUUCUUCAGCGUCAGACAUAAAAAGUGGUUCAUCAUAUUCAAGCUUAAAUGAUAUUCAGUCAUAUUUUGACACUCAUGCCAUUUUACUUACAUCAAAUUUAAAUCGGUUUCAAACACAUCUGAGCAUAACUGAUAUUCAAUCAUUUUCAGCUAUAGAGAAAGCAUUACUAUUUUCCAGAACGCAUGAUGUCUCGUCUACUUCAGUAAUAUAUUCAUCUAUUUCGUCAACUAACAUUUUUGAGAUUGAAUCAACUUCCGGCAUGAGUGGACAUUCGCAAUCUUCGUUUACAAUCUUGAGUCCAUUCAUCGUUGAAGAAAACUCGUCAUCUUCAAUUAUAAACGAAGAUCUGACAUCUUCAAGCAUAAACAAUGUCUCAAAUUUCUCUGUCAGUCAUCAAAUACCGUCAUCGUCUACAGUCAUUAACGUUUUUCCUCAAACGUCAGUCAUGGAAGCGGUUAUGACAUCUUUAGGUACGGAUGAGUCACCUAUAUCUUCAUUCAUAAACGGGAUUUCACCAUCUUUAUUCUUAAACGAAAUUCAAACUACAGCCAUCAACGAUAUUCCGACAUCCUCGAUCAUUAAAGUCGAGAAUCCUACUUCUUCAUUCAUAAACCAAUUUUCAUCAUCUUCAAAUAUAAAACAGUUGUCAUCAUCUUUGAUCAAUUACGAGAAUCCUUCUUUUUCAGUAAUAGAUGAAAUCAUUUCAUCUUCAAGCAAAUACGAAAAUGUUAUUUACUCUGAGUUAACUGUUUCUCCAGAUAUAAGCGACAUUUCCUCAUCUUCAAGUAUAUAUCAAUUUCUGACAUCUACUGUAACAAACAAAAUUACAAAAUUUUCAAGAAUUUAUGAGUUUUCAUCAUCUUCGGUCAUUUACAGUGUUCAUUCUUUUGUCAUCACUGAGAUAAUGCCAUCUUCAAGCAUAAAUGAGUCACCAUUACCUUCGGUCAUUCAUAAGGUUCCUUCUAUUUCUGUUUUAAAGAAGUCUAUGGAUUCUUCAACCAUAAGCAAGAAUGCUUACUCCGUCAUUAACGAUGCUCUAUCAACUUCAACAUCUUCAAGUAUAAAUGAGUCAGCAUUGCCUUCUGUCAUGUAUGAGGUUCCUACUUUUUCAGUCAUUAAAAAGAUAAUGGUAUCUACAAGCAUAAUUGAGAAUGAAACUUCCUUAGCAAUAAACAAGAUUUCUACUUCUUCAACUAUAAACGUGAUUCCGUCAUUUUUAUCUUCAGUGAUAUACAAAAUAUCCUCAUCUUUAAGCAUGGAUAAAAUUCCGUCUUUUCCAGUUACAAACGAGAUUCAGUCAUCUUUAAGCGAGAAAGAGUUUUCAUUAUCUUCGGUCAUAGACAGAGUUCAACACUUUUUAGUUAAAACUGAGAUUAUGCCGUUGUCAAUAAUGAAAGAGUCACCAUUACCGUCAGUUAUUGAGAAUGUUUCUCCUUCUUUGAUCUUAAAUGAAAACACAUCAUCUUCAAACAAAAAUGAGUUUUCAAUAUCUUCUUUAAUCAAAAACGAUAUAAUCCCAUCUUCAGGCAUGGAUGAAUUUCCGUCAUCUCCAGUAAUAAACGAGAUUCAAUCAUCGUUGAGCACUAAAAAGUUUGCAUUAUCAUCGGUCAUGGACAGCAAUCAACCUUCUUUAGUAAUGACUGAGAUUAUUGUGAGGUCCAAAACUAAAGAUACAGGGAUAUCAUCUUCAAACGCUAUAUCUCUCAAAUCAUCUGAAAGAGUAACAUUGUCAUCAUCCCAAUUUCUUACUACCGAGACUCAUAAUGAACCAACACUGCCUAUAGAACCUAGAUUUAUUGAAACAAGUACAAUUGAAAUGACCAGUAAUAAAGAUGUUCUUCAUGGUGUGAACACAACAAAAGUGUCGCUAUCCACAAAAUAUGCAGAUUUAGAUUUAUCACAACAUUCAUCUCCCACUACGACUAUAUCAGAUAAAACGCUGAUAACACAGCAUCAGACCACCAUUGACACAACUGUUUCAGUGUUUUCCACAUAUCCUACUUUUACAUCGUCGUUUGCAUUACAAGAUACUGUUUCAGAAUUUCCAAGCAUAUCUGCUACGCCAACAGAGGAGAAACAUACAUACACUGAUAAAAUAGAACCUUCUACUUUCACACAUACACGAAACAUUGAAAUUGUUUCUAAUAGUUCUUUAGUUACGAAUUAUACUGAAGAUUUUUUAUUACAUUCAUCUAUGGCUUCACCGUAUAAGCCACUAGGUGAUUCGUUCUUAAAUACAGUACAAAUCGAUACAACUGCAAAAACUGUAUUAUCUUUCACAAAAUAUAAGAACUCUCAAAUGCAAAAUAUGUCAAUUAGCUCAUCGCGUGAGAUAUCGGUCAAUGAAUCCGAAACUGAACUUUCAAUAGCAGGAAAACAUCGUUCAUCUUCUGAGAUUAUAGAUAUAUCAAUGUUUUCUAGAGUUAAUGCAUUCAUAGCCGAAAAGAAACCUCAUUCACCAGAUAGUUUGGAUACCAUCAGCUUAUAUAUUGAAGAUGUAACAACCUUAUCCAGCGAAGUAACACACAUGUAUUAUAACAAACAAUCACUAGAUCCUCAUUCAACAUUCUUAUCAUUGCAGUCAUCAUCAGAUGCAGCAGUGAAAUUACCAUCAGCAACAUUUAAGUCAUUGUCGCGAUCAUCAGAUGCACAAAUGAAAUUAAGUUCUGCAGCAUUCUCACCAUUGCAGCCAUCAUCAGAUACAACAGUGAAAUUUUCUGUAUCAAAAUUCUCAUCUUUGCCAUUUACAACAGAUGCAACAUUGAAAUUAGUUUCUUCUACAUUCACAUCAGUCCAUCCAUCAUCACAUGCAGCAGUGAAAUUAAGUUCCUCAACAUUGUCAUCAUUGCAGCCAUCAUCCGAUGAAGCAGUGAAAUUUAGUACUUCAACAUUCACAUCAUUGCAGUCACCAUCAGACGCAACACUAAAAUUUAGUUCUGCAACAUUCACAUCAUUGCAGCAAUCAACAGAUUCAACAGUGAAAUUAAGUUCUUCAACAUUCUCAACAUGGCAGCCGUCAUUAGACGGAGUACUGAAAUUGAGUUCUUCAACAUUCUCAUCAUUGGAGCCAUCAUAUGCAGCAGUGAAAUUAAGUUCUUCAACAUUGUCAUCAUUGCAGCCAACAUCAGACGAAACACUGAAAUUAAGUUCUGGAACAUUCUCAACAUUGCAGCCAUUAUCACAUGCAACACUAAAAUUAAGUUCUUCAACAUUUUCAUCUUUGCUGCAAACAUCAGGUUUAACACUGGAAUUAAGUUCUUCAACAUUAUUAUCAUUGUCGCUAUCAUCCGAUGCACAAGUUAAAUCAAAUCCUUCAACGAUCUCAUCAUUACAACCAUCAUCAGACGCAACACUGAGAUUAAGCUCUGAAACAUUUACAUCAUUGCAGCCAUCAUCAGAUUCAACAGUGACAAUAAGUUCUUCAACAUGUUCAACAUUGCAGCCAUCAUUAGACGCAUCACUGGAAUCAAGUUCUGGAACAUUCACAUUAUUGCAGCAAUCAACAGACGCAACACUGGAAUUAAGUUCUGGAACAUUCACAUCAUUGCAGCCAUCAUCACAUGCAGCAGUGAAAUUAAGUUCUUCAACAUUCUCAUCUUUGCUGCAAACAGCAGAUGCAACACUGGAAUUAAGUUCUUCAACAUUCUCACCAUUGUUGUUAUUAUCAGAUGCACAAGUUAAAUCAAAUCCUUUAACAAUCUCAUCAUUACGACCAUCAUCAGACGCAAUACUGAAAUUAAGUUCUUCAACAUUUCCAACAUUGCAGCCAUCAUCACUUGCAGCAGUGCAAUUAAGUUCUUUAACAUUUUCAUCAUUGUUGCUAUCAUCAGAUGCACAAGUUAAAUCAAAUCCUUCAACAAUCUCAUCAUUACGACCAUCAUCAGACGCAACACUGAAAUUAGGUUCUUCAACGUUCACAUCAUUGCAGCUAUCAUCAGUUGCAGCAGUUAAAUUAAGUUCUUCAACAUUCUCAACAUUGCAGCAAUCAUCAGAUGCAACACUGGAAUUAAGUUCUUCAACAUUCUCACCUUUGCAACCAUCAUCAGAUGCAGAAGUGAGGUUAACAACAUUUAUGUCAUUGUCGCAAUCAACAGAUGCAACAGUGAAACUAACUUCAUCAAAGUUCUCACCAUUGCAGCCAUCAUCAGAUGCACAAGUGAAAUUAAAAUCUUCAACAUUCUCCUCUUUGCGGCUUACAACAGAUGUAUCACUGAAAUUUAAUUCUUCGACAUUCUUAUUAUCGCAGCCAUCAUCAGAUGCAGCAGUGAAAUUAAGUUCUUCAACAUUGUCAUCAUUGCAGUCAUUAUCAGAUGCAGAAGUGAAAAUAAGUUCAGCAUUUACCUCAUUGUCGCGAUCAUCAGAUGUACAAGUGAAAUUAAGUUCUUCAACAUUCUCAUCUAUGCAGCCAUCAUCAGAUACAACAGUUAAAUUAACUUCAGCAACAUUUAGGUUAUUGUCAACAGAUGCAACGGUGAAACUAACUUCUUCAAAUUUCUCAUCAUUGCAGGCAUUAUCAGACGCAGCAGUGAAGUUAAGUUCUGCAAAAAUCUCACUGUUGAUGCUAUCAUCAGAUGCAGCGGUGAAAUUAAUUUCUUCAUCAUUCUCAACAUUGCAGCCGUCAUCAGACGUAAGACUGAAAUUAAGUUCUUCAGCAUUCUCAUAUUUACCAUUAGGAUCAAAUGCAACAAUCGAAUUAAGUUCUUCAACAACCUCAUCAUUGCUGCCAUCAUCAGAUGCACAAGUGAUACUAAGUUCUUCAACAUCGUCAACUGUGCAGCCAUCAUCAGAUGCAGCAGUGAAAUUAACUUCAGCAACAUUUAUGUCAUUGUCGCAAUCAACAGAUGCAACAGUUAAACUAACUUCAUCAAAGUUCUCACCAUUGCAGCCAUCAUCAGAUGCAACACUGGAAUUAGGUUCUUCAACAAUCUCACCUGUACAGCCAUUAUCAGAUACAGCAGUGAGGUUAACAACAUUUAUGUCAUUGUCGCAAUCAACAGAUACAACAGUGAAACUAACUUCAUCAAAUUUCUCACCAUUGCAGCCAUCAUCAGAUGCACAAGAGAAAUUUAGUUCUUCAACAUUCUCAUCUUUGCGGCUAACAACAGAUGUAUCACUGAAAUUAAGUUCUUCGACAUUCUCAUUAUCGCAGCCAUCAUCAGAUGCAGCAGUGAAAUUAAAUUCUUCAACAUUGUCAUCAUUGCAGUCAUUAUCAGAUGCAGAAGUGAAAAUAAGUUCAGCAUUUACCUCAUUGUCGCAAUCAUCAGAUGUACAAGUGAAAUUAAGUUCUUCAACAUUCUCAACUGUGAAGCCAUCAUCAGAUACAACAGUAAAGUUAACUUCAGCAACAUUUAUGUCAUUGUCAACAGAUGCAACGGUGAAACUAACUUCAUCAAAUUGCUCAUCAUUGCAGGCAUCAUCAGAUGCAGCGGUGAAAUCAAGUUCUUCAAAAUUCUCACCGUUGAUGCUAUCAUCAGAUGCAGCAGUGAAAUUCAGCUCUUCAACAUUUUCAACAUUGCAGCCAUCAUCAGAUGCAAUACUGAAAUUAAGUUCUUCAACAAUUUCAUAUAUGCUGCAAACAGUAGAUACAACGCUGAAAUUAAAUUCUUCAUCAUUCUUAUCAUUGUUGCUAUCAUCAGAUGCACAAGUUAAAUCAAAUCCUUCAACAAUCUCAUCAUUACGACCAUCAUCAGACGCAUCACUGAAAUUAAGUUCUGGAACAUUCACAUCAUUGCAGCCAUCAUCACAUGCAGCAGUGAAAUUAAGUUCUUCAACAUUCUCAUCUUUGCAGCCAUCAUCAGAUGGAACACUGGAAUUAAGUUCUUCAACAUUCUCAUCACUGUUGCUAUCAUCAGAUGAACAAGUUAAAUCAAGUCAUUCAACAAUCUCAUCAUUACCACCAUCAUCAGACGCAACACUGGAAUUAAGUUCUUCAACAUUCUCAUCAUUGCAGCCAUCAUCAGACGCAACACUGGAAUUAAGUUUUUCAACAUUCUCAUCAUUUCAGCCAUUAUCAGGUGCAAUACUGAAAUUAAGUUCUUCAACAUUCUCACCUUUGCUGCAAACAGCAGAUGCAGGAGUGAAAUUAAGUUCUUCAACAUUCACAUCAUUGCAGCAAUCAUCACAUGUAGCAGUGAAAUUUAGUUCUUUAACAUUUUCAUAUCUGCUGCCAUCAUCACAUGCAGCAGUGAAAUUAAGUACUUCAACAUUCUCAUCUUUGCUGCCAUCAUCACAUGCAUCACUGAAAUUAAGUUCUUCAACAUUCUCAUCAUUGCAGCCAUCAUCAAGCGCAACACUGGAAUUAAGUUCUUCAACAUACUCAUCAUUGUUGCUAUCAUCAUAUGCAGCAGUGAAAUUAAGUUCUUCAACAUUCUCAUCAUUUCAGCCAUCAUCAGAUGCAAUACUGCAAUUAAUUUCUUCAACAUUUUUAUCAUUGUUGCUUUUAUCAGAUGCACAAGUUAAAUCAAAUCCUUCAACAAUCUCAUCAUUACGACCAUCGUCAGACGCAACACUGAAAUUAAGUUCUGGGACAUUUAUAUCAUUGCAGCCAUCAUCACAUGCAACACUGGAAUUAAGUUCUUCAACAUUUCCAACAUUGCAGCCAUCAUCACAUGCAGCAAUGAAAUUAAGUUCUUCAACAUUCUCAUCAUUGCAGCCAACAUCAGACGCCACACUGAAAUUAAGUUCUGCAACAUUCUCAUCAUUGCUGCAAUCAUCACAUGCAGCAGUAAAAUUAAGUUCUUCAACAUUCUUAUCAUUGUUGCUAUCAUCAGAUGCACAAGUUAUAUCAAAUCCUUUAACAAUCUCAACAUUGCAGCCAUCAUCACAUUCAACAGUGAAAUUGAGUUCGUCAACAUUUUUAACAUUGCAGCCAUCAUCAGAUGCCACACAGGAAUUAAGUUCUUCAACAUUCUCAUCAUUGUUGCUAUCAUCAGAUGCAGCAGUGAAAUUAAAGUCUUCAACAUUCUCAUCUUUGUUGCAAACAGAAGAUGCAACACAAGAAUUAAGUCCUUCAACAUUUCUAACUUUGCAGCCAUCAUCACAUGCAGCAGUGAAAUUAAGUUCUUCAACAUUCUCAUCUUUGCUGCAAACAGCAGAUGCAACACUAGAAUUAAGUUCUUCAACAGUCUCAUCAUUGCUGCUAUCAUCAGAUGCACAAGUUAAAUCGAAUUCUUCAACAAUCUCAUCAUUACGACCAUCAUCAGACGCAACACUGAAAUUAAGGUCUGGAACAUUUACUUCACUGCAGCCAUCAUCAGAUUCAACACUAAAAUUAAUUUCUUCAACAUUUUCAAAGUUGCAGCCAUCCUCAGACGCAUCACUGGAAAACCAAUAUUUCACAAAAGAACCUUCGCCAAAGGUUUCAGAAGAAACAGAUAAUCCACAAAUUACAACAGAUACUCUGGUCUCUAUGGCAAAAAAAGAUGAACGGACAUUCAAAUCAGAUUUAUCGUAUACAUUAUUAGUGUUAUUGUCUUCUAAAGUAUCUGAAACAAGUUUUUCAGUAUAUACUUUUGUAAGCUUAACAUAUGAAGUAACGUCUGCAUUAUCACAAGUAAUGAAUAGUUUUACGUCAACUCCAUCAUUGAUUGUACGUACGGAAGAUUUGCACCUACCAGAUUCUAGGGUUCAAAUAAGAAUAUCACCUUCUAAAACAGUUGAAAUAAAUAUAGAUCAGUCGUCAAAACAAUCAAUCAUGCCUUCAAGCAGAACAUUAUCAUCCAACGGUUUGCAAGAGACAACUCCUUUGUCUUCCUUGAGAUAUCAGUUAUCCGUCAGCGUGACAUCAGAGUUAACUUUAACCUCAUCUUCUGUUAGAAAUGAAAAUUCAUUUUCUUCCACAAAAAGUAAAGAUGUAUUACAGAUGUCAUUAUCAACACAUGAUCAAUUAUUGGCGACAACUUCUACUGCAUCAUCGUCUAUAUUGCCAUUUACAGUGAUAGAAACAUCCACUAGUAUAUUACCAUUACCAAGGAAUAUUGACAAGGAUUUGCUUCUAACUGUUGGUAUAAUUGUGAAGGUUUCGGUCAACAUUGACAGUCACGCAGUUAACAUUCAAAUUAAAGAAGGUCUUCAAAGAUGCUACAUCGAAGGUAGCCUGAAAGCUGACAAAGAUAGUAACAGAAAGAAGAGAUCCAGUGCUGAUGCUUACUUAACAGUUGAGAUUUUUGGUAUGGAACGAAGGGAAUCUAAACCUUCUCACGUUGAUGUGGAUUUCUAUGUACUGGUGGAUGGAAUUAUCCAAUCUCCGGCUGAAAUUGUAGUCAUAUUUUCUAGUCUCACAAUAGCUGAAACUAGUGCUUAUAUGACAUUUCCGGUAGUUACGCCAGUUAAACUCUUAUCUAGAAAUGUGUUACAAACACCCACCGAUGCCGAUGACUCAAAAAUUUCACUGGUUACCAUUUUUCUUAUCGGUGCUCCAACAAUAUGUGCUUUUAUGGCGACUGUAUUACUGAUAAGUGUAUAUUGUCGCAAAGGGGAUAACUCGUUUAGAAAGAAUUGGUCUUCAUUACAUGACGCGGAUCUUAAAGUUGACAUAGAGAAAGGGGAAGUUGUGUCAGCUUCUGUUAGCAGAAAUAAAAACAUUCCCAACUUUAGUUUUGACAAUGGUAAAGAUUUCGACUCAGAUUGGACACACAUCAAACCAUUUCUUCACAGCAGCAAAGAAUUCCAGAAGAAAGAACAAUCUUUUAAACGAUCUCUGUCGGAUAUGUUUUCAACGUCGAAACGAUUUGAUCGGCUGCGUAACCUCGGCUUCCAUGUAUCAGAAGUCAGAAAACCUGACCAGCCUCAGUCAAAAGAAAUAAGAGAAGUAACACCAAAUUCUAUACAUGAAUUUAAAAUAUCUAGAGAAGAAUCUCUUGUUGAUGCAAUUGAUGCAUUAAAUGUUAUAAAUGAUUUAGAUAAAGCAACUGACAGCAGUCGUGUUACAUGUUCAGUUGAACCGUUACGUGAGGUAAUCGAACAUUACGGGUAUUAUGACGUAACAAAUGAAUCAGAUAGAAGAACUCGUAGUGUGACGUUUCAACCGAAAGUUAGGAAUAGCAGUUCAAGUGCCGCUGAAUUUUAUCCCAAUAUAAGAUCACCUUGUAAUGACUCUCAUGUGAACAUAAACACAGCUAUUGAUAGCUUAGUAUAUCAAUCAAGUGAUUCCUACAGUGACAAAAACAUCCAAACAAAACAUUCCUCAACAUCUAAGAAAAUAUUUUCAAACAGAAAGAGGAAAAAACUGAAACGCCGCAAGAAAGUAAAACCUGAUUGUUUAUCAAAUGUAAAUAAUUCUCAGCUGAGAAAUCAUUUAUUUGAAUCUGUCCAAAACCAAUCGCCUAAUUCUAGGCCAAGGGUUCCAAGCAUACCUGUGGAAGGCUAUUGUAAUAAAAUUAUGUUCGAGCCAUUUUAUACGUCAUUGACUCUAGGCAAAGAGCCUUUGGCGGUGAAUAAUUUUAUAGAAGGUGAUAUAGAAGAUGAAGUGUUUUUCACGGACAGUUUUCCACUUCACAAUCCUAAUGGAAAAGGCGGUAAAGAAAUGAUUCCAAAAAGCAUUCCAGCUUCACCAGAAACUGCCCAUAGCUUAGCGGCAUCGCGUUAUAAACGUGAUCAAAUGAAAUAUUUACAAAAACGCGGUAAAUCUAUCAAUAAAAAAGAAGCUGUCUCUAGAAACAACUGUGAUAUUAUUAGAAAUCCUUUAGAGGUUAACAGUGCGGAUACGGUAAAACUGGAAGACAAUGGAGGGAGCAAUUUGUGUCCGUCAAAUAGUUCAAGUUUCCAAGGGUCGUUUCUUCAGGAUUAUGUAAAGCACUGGUCAGAUGAUCCGUUUUUUCUAAAUACAUGUUUUGAGAGUUAUCCUGAUGGAAGUGAGUUUGCAGGACAUGAGUUUGAGUCUUUAAACUUCAACAGAGACUACACAAGAAGUCCUUCUAGAGAUUUACAUUUUGAGCCAAUAUUUCCUGGUGAAACGAUCCAAGAAAGUAAUAUGGCAGAAAUGGUUGUUACGGAAACAUUCCCCGGAAUGUAUGAACAUGUGACGAAGAUGGGAAGAGUGGGCAAGAAUCACCGAGAUUUACAUUCGGCUGGUCCACAGUUCCGGAAACUACCAUUCCAAGACCAAACCUUUCCAAUGACCCAGACUUCGACCCCAGUGUCUACACCAACUCCUAGAAAAAGUGAGCCAGUGAUCCUAAAAGUAAGUAUCAAACUUUUUAGACGUUUGACAUAUCUAAAGGUUAAAAGCGAAUAUCUAUAAUAUGUAAUUGGUGUGUUUCUUUUUAGUUUUUUAUAGC